CGAAACCAGCGCUGUUCUGUUGACGUUCCUUUCACCCCUCCGCGUGCCGUUCCUCCUCCAAUACCCGCCUCCCCCCGAUUAUAGCUAUUUCUCCCAUCUACGAACGGGCGACUAACAUGGAUGUUGCAAAUCAGUUGGUUGCCCAAGGGCAAUUCAGGGUGCUGAAAGUUCCAUUGGGCUUCAUCAAAAUCUUACAAUGGGUCUUUGCCAUUUUUGCGUUCUCCACCUGUGGGAGUUACUCAGGCUCCUUCAGGAUGAGCGUCGAAUGCAAGAACAGAUCAGAGAGUGACCUGAAAUUAGACGUGGGUUUUGAGUAUCCCUUCAGGCUCCAUCAAGUAUAUUUCAAUGCCCCUACCUGCAAGAAUAGCCUAACUGAUCGUUUCUUCCUGGUUGGUGAUUACUCGUCUUCAGCAGAGUUCUUCGUCACCAUAGCCGUUUUUGCAUUCCUGUAUUCCAUGGCAGCUCUUAGCGUCUACGUAUUUGCUUUUGAGAAGUACCGCGAGAACAACAAGGGGCCACUGAUUGAUUUCGGGGUGACUUGCGUGUUCACCUUCAUGUGGCUGGUGAGCUCGGCGGCAUGGGCGAAAGGUUUGUCAGACGUGAAGACCGCCACAGAUCCCGAGAAGGUUCUGGAACUGAUCCCCGCAUGCGAGCAAGAGGGCAAUCGCUGCCGUGAAGUUCACGAUCCGGUCAUGUCUGGCCUUAACACUUCUGUGGUCUUUGGGUUCCUGAAUCUGAUCUUGUGGGCCGGUAACUUGUGGUUUGUAUUCAAGGAGACCGGAAUUGUUGCACCAUUCAUGCGCCAGCCGCCUGCCCAGGAGAAGCAGCCACAAUUCGGACAACCAGGUUAUGGGCAGCAGGACCCAUAUGCCGCUCCUCAGGGAGGUUACCAGCCCGAAUACAGCCAGCAGGGCUACAAUCAGGGUGGAGAAUACGGUCAGGGUGGCUAUGACCAGCAGGCGGCACCCACCUCUUUUUCCAACCAGAUGUGAGAGAAGGAAUAAUUGAGGAAGCAGGGGAGUUGAAGAAAGAGGUGACCGUGUGACUCUAGCUGUGUGGUGCCUGAACCCUUCCCACAAACCCAGAAUUUCUUCCUGUUUGUGCGUCUGUGCUUACGUCUGUGAACGAUAAGAGGGGGGGAUGGGAGGGGUCUAAUCUAACGUUAAAGAUAGAGGGGGUGGGAUAGAGCAGAGGGAUUUUAAUGUGUUGUGUAUUAUUGUGAUGUAUAAAACUAUAAAAUCUUACGACCGAUCGAAUUCGAAGAAACACUUGAACACUGUACCAAAACAUGAAAAGGUCUGGAAAAAUGAUAGACAUUGUUUUGCGAUAUGAAUUUUGAACGGAUGAUAUUGACAAUAGUAAUGCUAAACAUGAGAGAAUGUAUUUGUCUGUGCUGUAUAGAUAUGAUUAUAUAUAUACUAAUAUAUAUAUAUAUAGAUAUUUCCUAAAGAUGUGUAAGGGAUUAUUCCACUGUAGUCUAGUUCCGUUCCCUAAAAUGAGAUGAUCUUGUGAAAAUAUUUACAAAGCCGGAAUUUACAGACAUCUCAUCAAAUGAUACGUUUACCUUUCUCUUGUUUUGUAUAUUGUUUUAUUUAUUUCUUCACGGGUGGGAUGGAGCACUGAUGUGGCAUCCGUUGGCAGAAUCAUUCCUAAACUCAUGAAGGGACCACAUUACUUCAACCAGCAAGAAAACGCUGAAAGGAAAAAUAAUGUUUUUUUUCUAAAAUCUCUGCAUUAUGAAAAGCACAUGCUUUCUAAUUUAAGAAUUAGCAUGGUUGUUCAUGACACAACGCCUCCUCUGAGUGCUGUAUUGAUGUAGUGACGUUUCAGUUAGAGGAUGUUUCAAAUAGAUAUAAAUAUAUAUAUGAACUGGGGUUUUGUUUGUGUUGUGUGAGCACCAGCCAGAGAGAAUCUAUCCUGUGUGUUGAGAUGUCAGUAGUGUAGAUACAGUAUAUGUGCCGGUUUCGAUUUGAUCACUAUUUCCUUUCCCUCUGUCAAAAACACUAUCGCUGGAUUUAAGCCUGUGAUAUUGAGUUGAGUAUGUUUUCAAUUGUACAUAUAAAAUAUAUAUAAGUACCUGCACAUUCUUUAACCGAUGAUCAUGAAAUGCUGUAGUGAUUUGCAUCAAACAUCAUGUGAAUGCCAGCAUAGAUUCUUUUUGUCUGCUUGAAUGAUCACUCAAAUUGCAGAUGCCAAAUGUAUAUCUGGUAUACGUCAGCUAGACCUCCCAGGUGGAAUACAUGGAAUUGGAUCACCCGAUGGGAGUCAUUUAAAUAAGCAAUCAAAUUCACAGCAGCUUUUGUGACAGGUUACUGUAUCCGGUGCAAUAAAGUCCUAAAGUUAUUGUUUUGUAGAGUAUUCAAACAAUAAACUAUAUAUCAAAGACUGACACUUUAUGUGAGGAAGCUGAGUAAUCAUAUUAUUAAUAUAGUAAACCAGCUGAUUUGUUUCUCCCAUCAGUUGAUCAUAGUUUAUUCGGUUGAUUUAGAGCCGAUGCAUCCGAUGUUGUUAUGAUGAGAUUAUUUAUAUUAUUGCAUGAUCGGAUGCUCAUAGUGCAAGCUAACCCAACAUAUAACUGACUGUCUAAUAUUAUUUCAGCCUCUAUAAUUUGGUAGUAAAAUUUGAGGAAAAUCAGGUUCGCUUUUGGGUAGAAGGCUAUCAGCCUGGUAAAUGUGUUAGCGACUUUCUCUUUCUCUCUCUCUCUCCCUCUCUCUCUCUCUCUCUUUCUCGUCCUCUCUCCCUCUCACAUUCUCUGCUCUGGCCCACUCUUCUCUUCCAAAUGAAUAUGCUACUCAACUUCUCCGUUGUUAGUGGUGUUUGAUUUGUCUUGUGAAACUCUCGAUGCCUUUGGGUUGUGCUGUAUUUAAUGUGUACGAUAUAUUCUUAGCAUUUAUGAAGAUAUUGAUAAAAAUGGUUAUGACCAUGCUGAAAACUCAA